UUCUUUCCCCUCUCGCUCAAAAACACAGAACCUACGAUGCAAAUAGAUUUCCAGCUCCCAAGACCUCAUAUUCCUUGCCUGUAAAUUCACAUCAAUUAGCUAGAUAAAACCUACCUCUCUUCAAUCCCACCCACCAAUAUGUGCGGGACGCGUGUGAGAUGAAGAGCACCCUUUUCCCAACUGGCCUCUCUUGAUCCGCUCUCUUACCGGACCACCAUGCACGUCGAGGCAACAAAGUCCUAGUUUUUCCCUUCACUUUUUCCUAUAAUUGAUUGUCGCUGCCAUGAAAGAUCGAUGAACUCACAGGAAAUACUUCUAUGUCUCAGAAGCCUCGAUGGAGGGUGUUUGGAGAAGCUUUUACUUCACUGUGCGAGUGCUUUGGAGAGCAACGAUGUUACUUUGGCUCAGCAAGUGAUGUGGGUGCUAAAUAAUGUCGCUUCUUCGGUUGGAGAUCCUAACCAAAGGCUCACUUCUUGGUUUUUGAGAGCACUAAUCUCAAGAGCCUCUAGGGUUUGCCCCACGGCGAUGAAUAUUGAUGGAAGCAGCACCAUUCAAAGAAGGUUGAUGUCAGUGACUGAGCUAGCCGGGUACGUCGAUCUAAUCCCUUGGCACCGGUUCGGAUUUUGUGCUUCGAACAGUGCCAUUUUGAAGGCAAUUCAAGGGUUCCCAAGGGUUCACAUCUUAGAUUUUAGCAUCACUCAUUGCAUGCAGUGGCCUACUCUCAUAGAUGCAUUGUCCAAAAGGCCUGAAGGCCCUCCUACGCUCCGAAUCACAGUGCCUUCUUCUAGGCCACCAGUCCCACCCUUGCUUAACGUUUCAACCGAAGAAGUUGGCCUCCGUUUGGGGAAUUUCGCCAAGUCUAGAGAUGUUCCUUUUGAAUUCCAUGUCUUUGAUAAGUCACCUUCAUCUACGGCACCUGAUGAAAUUCUGUGUAAAGGAACACCUAGCUUUCACUUCGAUUCACUGUUGGGGCACUUGAAUCCUUCCAUGCUGAACCUUAGGGAUGAUGAAGCUUUGGUAAUAAAUUGCCAACACUGGCUACACUAUCUGUAUGAUGAGAAGAAAGGAAGUCCUCAAGGUGCUUCAUUGCGAGACAUCUUCAUCAAUAGAAUUAAAGCCCUUAACCCUCGAAUUAUAGUGGUUGUAGAUGAAGAUUCUGAUCUGAGUGCAUCAAGUCUCACAUCCAGAAUCACAACUUGCUUUAAUUACCUAUGGAUACCCUUUGAUGCCUUGGAAACUUUCUUGCCCAAAGAUAGUAGCCAAAGGAUCGAAUAUGAAUCAGAUAUUGGCCAUAAAAUUGAAAACAUCAUUAGUUAUGAAGGGUUUCAAAGAAUAGAGAGGUUAGAAUCCUGCAUUAAGUUGUCCCAGAGAUGGAAGAACGCCGGUUGUACGAGCAUUCCGUUCUCUGAAGAGACAGUAAAGGAAGUCAGGACCUUGCUUGAUGAACAUGCUGGCGGAUGGGGCAUGAAGAGGGAAGGAGAUAUGUUGGUGCUGACAUGGAAGGGCCACAACUCAGUCUUUGCCACUACUUGGGUUCCAAAUGGGUUGGAGGAUUAAAAGGGAGUGGACUUGGGGGUCCAGCUAAGAAGUGACAAAACUUGUUGCUUUAAUUUUUUUCCCUUCGGCAAAAUGCUGCAAUGGGCAUCAGGCAACCAAAAAAGUCGGCAGCUGGCCUAUUGAGAAUAAGCUUUCGUGUAGUCACUUUGUACUGGAGCGCCAGCUAUAUAUGCCACAUGAAAGGCAAAGAGAUAAUUGUGCAUAUAUAAUUGUCUCUGUAAGAGACAAAAUCUUCAUCAAUGUGUUUCCCAUGCCUGUUUAU